AUGACUCGAGCUUCUACUUCCGCUGCCAACUUUGGCCUCCUUCUGGUAGCUUUGGUUCUGAUGCUUCACUCCGUUGUGGGCGAGCUCACCCCUAGACAUGUCCGUCACCAUCUCUUUGCUCGCGACUUCGGCUAUGAUAAAUGUCACACCGAUCUUGUUGCUAAUAAUAUUGAGUACAAGACUCUCUGUGAAGACAAUGAUGACCCCCGGAAGACUUGCUUCAGUCACUGGGCUGGCAAUCUUAAAGGCGCAAAAGCGUGCUUCCGCGAAGACGGUAGCGUCAAAGAGAAGCUCAUGAUCAAGGACGAUACCAUGAAUGAUUUCACAAUGGCGCACCCUACUGAUUCCUUCGAGAUAAUCUAUCCCAACCUCGGUGGAGUUAAACUCAUUUACGACAACUUCGAUAAUAACACCGGAUGCAAGGACAUCGUUCUCCAAAGGCAUCAGUUCUCUCCCUGGAGGAUCUGGGUCUCGGACGAGGAUGGCGAUGGCAAGGACAUUGAUACUCUGAAUUAUAAAAUGACGUUCAAGAGACUCUGCUCCAAGUGGAUCCACAUUCACAUCAGCCGCUCUAUCUUGAACGUUUAA